AUGAGCUAUGUCAGGUCAACGAAUCCUUUUGCUAACGGACCAGGUUCACGAGCAUCCAUGAAAUCAGCUACGACAUCGCCCAGCCGAGCAUCCGCCGUGCCGUCGGCAAUGUCGACCAUGUCAGGUUACGGGGGCAACGACGGUGACUCCGAUCAGGACACGGAGACGGAGAGCUACGUCAACAACGCCGAACCCUGGAAGCAAGGCGUCGGUGGCCUCGUGGCGCCGCGCACGUUUGCGGCGCGGUUCUUCGUUACCAGGCUUGGGUUCAUGCGUCGUAAGUGCAGGCGAAUGAUGGCAUUCACAUCGGACCGCCUGUUCAUCGUUAGGGUAGACGACGGGAAGGCUAAGGCCAGCUACCCGCUCAAGAGCGUGCAGCUAGCGCCUUCGGACAAGGGAAAGGGCAUCAUUUUGACAAGCGACAUCGGCAACGUUCGUCACUCGUUCAAGUGCCGGAACCGCACCAGCCUCUUGGCGGCCUUCGCCGAGCUGCAGGAUGCGGCACGGGACCGGCCUUUAAACCUCCUGUUCCAGGUGAUCAAGCGCAGCAAGACUCGAGGCGACGUGAAGAUGACCUUGCGGGUGGGGCCCACUUCGCUGGAUCGCGUCGACGGGGAGCGGCUGCAGCACCGGGUGUCGUCUCUGCCUCUCCUGAGCGUGGAGAAGGUGUACCUCUUCACCGACGACGCUACGCAGAUGCUGGUUGACUGCCACGGGGGCCGUCGUCGAAGGUACUGGUGUGCGGCGCGUGACUCCCUUGUUAGGGCCAUGGAGGACCAUCUGAGACACCUCGGCAGGACGGGAGAUCAGCCGCUGCCGGUGGAGAGGGUUGGGACAUGGGAAGUGGACACUUCGACGCGCAACCCCGAGAGCGUGAAGCAGGGAUACCUGUUCGAGGUCCCUGUUCAGAAGUGGAGCCGCACCGAACGGGCGUUCAAGAGCCGGCUCUUGGCUCUGACCAAGUCUUCUGUAGUCGAGAUGGACGUCGCUACCAGGGAUCACCUGAGGGAGUUCCCGCUUGAGAUGAUCUUCAACAUCGUUUACCACACGCCUGACACUGCGCCGAGUACCCCCGAGGAGGGCGAAGAAGGUUCGCACGGGGACGGCUUGAGCAUCGAGGUGCAGAUGGCGUGGGGAGGUUCUUCGACCUACAACUUUCAGUCGUGCCGCUGUUCUGCGGUGAGCACAGACUCCAUCCUGGCGUUCGUUGCCGUCACGGACGACGAAGUCUCGCUCCAGCGGUCCCGCAAGGCGGAAGAACGCCAAUUCCGAGGGUCUCACGUGCCGGACUUGGCCACCUUGGCCGAGACAGGGGGGGCUGGCGCGGAUGGAGUUUGCGGGUACCACGACCUUCGUCUCACGGCCGUGGAGGCGCGAGUGCACUUCCUGGCCAACUUCCUGGAAGUCUGCCGGCUGAACCACCACGGGUGCCCUUGGUCUCUCCGUCGGGUGACCAACGAGAGCAGGGUCGGGGAGCUGACGGAAGGACUUCACCCGGACUACCAGGAGUUCCUCCUCAAGCGUACGACGGGGCUGAGCGCCAUCGCGCGAGCGGGGCCGGGAAAGGUCCUCGCCGAUCCCGAUGCCAGGGGGUACGCCCUCGCCGUGUUGGACGAGCUUAACUUCUCGACGCCGAUAGCGUUCAAGCAAAAGGAGAAGGGCGCCGCAGCGGCGGCGAUGAGCCUCUUGGCACCCUCCGCUCUGCAGCAUUUCGAUGACAGCGGGCGCGUGUCUCUCCUCCUCGCCGUGCUGCGGCUCCUUUGGAGCAAGACUGGCUAUGACGAGGUGGCGCGUGCCGAGUGUCAGCCUGCCAUCGACGGUGUAUUCAAGUGCCUCGAGAGCGAGGACCACACCGUCAGCUACCCGGCGGCCCUCGUGAUUCGGUCCAUGCUAACGCACCCCCGGAAGGACUCCGCGUGGUGGUCCGGCAGCGGCGAUGGUACCGGUUCCGCAGCGUCCGACGAGGGGCUGGGAGCCGACCGCAGACUCGAGAAGGCCAACCGUAAGGCCAUGUUCGGCCAGGGCAACGAAAAGAAUCGCCUGGAGCAGCUCCUCGCCCCAUGCUUCGCCGAGUGCAUGAAGCCGGACAGCAUGGACGAGGAUUUCGGGAGCGACCUGAGCGACAGUGACGGAGAGGGUGAGGGCAUCGACGGCCCUGGCGGGGAGAGCAAUCACCCCCCGGUCACCAUGGCAGGCGUCGGUCCGCCCCCCGCCGGCCCGGAGUGCCUGGUCCAGGCCGUCCUCAUGGAAGUCCUGGUGAUCCUCGUCUCUAGCGGUGACAAGCAGGCCGACCGCGCGGUGGUAGAGGCGGUGUGGGAGCUCUUGCACGAGUUUGACGCCAUGUGUCGCCUGCUGUCCAACGUUCGGUCCCCGUGCCUGCCUUUGGCCAAGGCCUCCAUGCAGCUGCUUACCAAGAUGCACCACAGCAAGAGGUUUAGCAUAGGGCCCCGGUCCGUCCUCCAGGACACGGCUAGAGACUCCGGAAUCCUCUUGUGGGUCAUGUUCCUCGCCAUGGAUGCGCGCGAACCCGACAUGUGCCGCGUGGCUGGGCGGCUGUGUCGCGCCCUUACCGACGGCGAUGCCCGCAGCCUAGGGGUGCUCACACGCUCGUUUCCGCCGGGGCUUCUGGCUCCUUCUCCGCCGGACCAGCUCUUCAACGAGUGUGGUGCAGCCGUGUGGGGCACGUCUUUCACGGGUGCGGAUUCCCUCGACCUCCACGCGAGGUGGGGCAUCCUCAGCCAGGACGUCAGGGACGUGGAGGUGGUGUGGAGCCCCGUCCACCGUGACGCCCUUGGCCAGCUCCUACUCGAGCAGCUCCAGGAGCUGGAACGAGAGACGAGGCGCCUGUCUUACAAGGGGCGCGGGCGUGCCCCGAUCGAAGCUCUGGCCUGGAACGACGCCGCCUGGGAGGUACCGUGGCACAACAUGGUCGGAGAGGUGAAGGUUGGGCGAUACUACCUGGAGCAGUUGAUCGCCGACCUGGACAGCUCAAAGGAGAGCUCCAACAUGAUCCGCCAGCGUCUGGGAAACCCGACUUCUCUUGGAAACUUCCUCCAGUUGUGCCACCUUCGCCUUCUUCACGAGAGGGAUGCGGGCAGCCUAGAGUUAGUGUUCGACACGAUGACAUGCCUCUUCCAGCAUCUAGGCUCGCGCGCGGUGCCCAUGCUGCCGUUCCUCGGAUCGGUGCUGCACAUGCUCACGUAUUCCCUGCCGGCUAUCCUUGGCCCGGUGGGAGCAGCCGAGGAGAACCCUCUCGACAGCGACGACGAAGGUUCUGAGAAGGAUGAGCACGACGGCCUCUCCGGCGGCGUUGAUGCGGAGCCCAAGUCCGGCGCUCAGGCCACGGCUACGUACUAUGCUGCAGUUCAGUUCGUGCGAGUCUGCAUGGACAACCAGCCGGCCAACGUCCGCCUGUUCGUGAUGCACGGUGGGGUGGAGACCUUCGUCGAGCUAGUAGGCAGCGCCUUCCAGCACGCGCACAGCCUUACCGCGUCCUCCUCGACGGUGACCCCGCUGCCGAUCGCCGACUCUGCCCCGGGGGGUGACGGCACCGAGGCUAGCCCGACCGGUUCGUCUGGGUCUGAAGAGCACUUUGGGUCCGCCAAAGGUGGGAGGUUCCCCCGCCGGGAGAGAGCGUCGGACCUUUCGGUGGCGCUCACGUGCAGGGAGCUCGUUGUGGAGUGCAUCAGCUGUUUGUCGUCCGCGCUCGAGGUGUUUCCCGCCCAGGACAUGGACGGCAAGAUGUUCUUCCCCAAGCCGCCGCCCAAGCGCCAACUCGCCAACCCGAUUGCCCUCGCGGCGCUGGUUGACCUGCUCGCCAGCGAGGAAGAAGCCGUCCUGCACCCGGCCCUGACCCUCCUCGUUACGGUCGUGAGGGGGGGCCUGGAGAUUCCGCUCUCUGCGGGUGCCCGCGGGCGCAUCGUGGUCCGCUGCCUUCGCCACGCGUGCGAGGGGCGCUGCGCCGAGCUCUGUGCCGAGUUGCUCGGGGCGGAGGCUGUGGCGGCACCGCCGUCUCGGCUUUCCGACGGUGGUAUGGGUGGCGCAGUCGGGCCAGUGUCUGCUCCCCGCGAGGGCGCCAUUCUCGCCCGCAGUCCUCUCUACCCGCUGCUUCCUGGAGCCCUCGUACGACUCAUGGUCACCAAGGGAGCUCGCGCGUUUGCCGAGGCUCUCCUUGCCGACGGACUGGAAACGCCGACGGUGGUGUGGAACUCCGAGUGCCGCCACAUGCUUGGAGUGGUUCUGCGCGAGCUUGAGGGUGCAACGCCAGGACUGCAGGACGUGCCUGCGAUCGAGGUCCAUGAGGCUGGACGUCGGCUGGAGGCGCUGUACUCGGAGAAGGGAGGCGUUCCGGUCCUCUUCACCAGCCCCUACUACGUGCAGCUCAUGGACGAGAACUACCGCAUCGAGUACCCCGCGGCCUUCCUCCUGGAAGUGGCGAGCUCCAUGACCGAGGUGCUGCAGGGUCCGCCCGAGAUGCACGAGCUCUACGCGGGGAACGGCAAGGGACGUGUAAGGUGCAUCAGCACCCCUCUGGAGAACGAGGGGGACGUGAUCUACCUGCACGAGCCGCUGCUGUGGACCUUGCGACAGCACGCCACCAACGGUGUCACUGGGCCUGACAGCCUCGCCAGGGCCAUCGGGGCCGUUGCGGCACCGCUGUUGGAGAUCACGGCUCGCGUCGCCGUGGCAUGCAGCUUCAGUCCAGAGGCUCUCACCUCCCUGGCCAGCUUCACCGAAUCCCUCAGCCUCUGCCUAGGCUUCCUAGCCCGCGCCAACAGGCUGUCCGCCCAGGCGUGGAACGCGGUAGAGGGAUCGAUGGUGCCCCCUGCCCGCCAAGAGACCCAGGGGCGUCGCGCGGGGUCUCGCCGCAGGUCUAGCGUAGGUGGUCGUCGCCGGACCACCGGAAGCGGUGACGGGGGUGAGAACGGUGGGGGCUGGACGGUUGCGGUGGACUUGCGUAAGGUUGACGCGUUGCUGACGAUGCUGAAGCAGCUUGACGAUCAGGAGAGCGCGGGGCACCUGAUGGGCGCAGGAAACCAGAUCCUUCGAUCCCUGAAGGAACCAGAGCAGGAUCUCUCUUCGGAGACAUCGGAUGGCGUCGACAUCAACCGCGAGGUCCCCGGCCUGACAAGCUACGUCGGCGGAUUGGUGUCCUCGUUGUCCACGCUGGAAGCGCCGACCGCGAUACUGGCAGCCACGGAGGGCAUCGGUCUCGCUGCCUUGGGCUUGGGCAAGGAAGCCCACAUCGACUUGCUCUACAAGAGUCAGGUGUUCGUGCCCCUCAUCGCGCACUGCGUUCGCCCCCAAGCCUGCGAGGAUCGUCCGGGCGGAUACCCGGGCCUCGGCAUCCAGUCCGCCAUGGCCCUCCGGUCGCUGGCGGAAGGCGAGCACGCCGGGACCAACGCGGCUCUUGCCGCGCUCUUGACGCCCGGAGGGUUGGCGGUCCUCCGGCGUUCGGCCGAGGAGUUUGUGCGUGUGUUGCGGUCGUCGGUGCCGGUGGAGACGCCCAAGGUGGUGUGGGGGCCCAAGUGCCGCGACGAACUGGAGGAGUUGCUCAAGCAGCCCCCAGCCGAAACGGACAUCGGAGGACACCGUGGUCUCGGGGCCGCUGUGCCUGCGGUUUAUCCCGCAUCGGGCCGUUGCCGCAGAUUCAAGCCCAGGGAGCUCGACGGCUUUUUGUUCGCGUCUCUGCAGGACGAGCUGGUGGUGGAUGACGUGUACCUGAGAGUGCUCGUCCGCGAUGCCGAGAGGCAGAGGGAAGCCGGGGGCGACGGGGAUAUUCGUAGGGCGGCGGCGGCCGCGUCGGGACUCGGGCAGGGUCUUACCCUCCCGUCCGACUUGCUGGCAUCCGUUUUCGUAUACCUGGGGGACCAGAUGCGGUUGAUUGUAGCAGGCCAGGUGCCCACUGCCACCGCCGACCGCGAGCUCUUCUUCCAGGACGUGUCGCUGCUGCUGCAGGCCUUGCUCGGUCUUGCUGUGGGCGAAGAGCAGGUGCCCGAGGUAAUCGAGGACAGCGGUGAAGCGCUCAACCUCUUGUGGGCGGCCACGCAGCCUUACCUGCGGGACGGCCUCGCUGGCCCCGCGGCGCCGACGAUCACGCGCUCCGUCGUCCGGCUGAUGCACGUCUUCUUGACCAAGGGCGGUCCGUCCGCAGGCGAGGCUCUGGUUGCUUCGGGAGCUGCGGCGCCGGCGGUCCACGCAUGCGGGAAAAUGCUGGCCGACGACUACGACCUUAGCGCCUUCUCGCACGAGGAUGGGGAAGCCGCCCUGCACGUUGCGGCCAUGCUUCUGGACGCCCACCCGUCUGCCGCGGGCCACAUGGUUAGCGUCGGUGCCGUCCCGAUGUUCCUGUCAAGCAUUGGCCUCGGCAGGGUGAUGCCCGAGCUACUCCUGCUCCACCUCGAGGCGGAUGCCACGGGAGAAAGCCUGUUGAGACACCUCGACGACGAGGCAGUGUCCCCCAUCCUCGUCUGGGACACCUCCUGCCGCGACCGCCUCUCCGCCCUCACCUGGGCCCACUGGGAGGACUGGCGCCGCAGGGUUAAGGUCGGGGCCAGCCUGCGCUGGAUGCCCGCGUACCUUCCGGAGCAGGUGCUGCUUCCCGACGCCCACUCGAGCGAGCCGUGCGUGGCGGGGCUGUACUUCAGGCUGUACGCCGCCGAGCCUGGGUUUGCCCUCGAGAAGGACAUGGUGGAAGGCUUCCUCGUAUGUUCGGUGGAGGCGAUGCUUCACGGCAGGGUCGCCGAUGAGCUUCUCCCCGUCUUGCUCGAGGCCCUCUACUACGCGCUCGCGUGCCUGGGCGACGGGGCCCUGGCGGGCGCGUCUCGCAAGGCCAACGGCCUGUGGCCCAUCGUCUUCUCCCUCAUCUGGAAAGAGCUCGGGCUCGGGUCGGUGCGUUACGACCCUUCCCAGCGCCCCCCCCGGGGAGUGGCCAACGAAGUGGCCCCGCAGGCGGACGGCGACCUGUCCCAGGGGGAGGCUAUCCUUAGGUGGGGGGCCCGCAUCGUGUGCCUGUUGGCAUCGGUACCAGUGCACUGGACUGUUGCCGGGGCGGGGGCGCAGAUCGUGUCGGACGAGCACGCCCUGGCGAUGGUGCACUCUGCCGCGUUGGACGAUCACUCUCUGGGGCUGUUCCUGGUUACGGCGAGGGCUAUCGUGGCGAGCAAGACGAACGAAGGGAUGGACGUCGCGCACCACUUCGUGAGCCCCCUCGUCCUCCGCGCCCUCGUGGACAAGCUCACCUCGUACAAGCCCCCCGCGGUAACCGGCACGGUCGAGGGCAACAACCGCGUGAGCAAGUACGGCCGCGUCCCUGGCACGGCCAACGCUCCCCCGGCCGAGGAGGUGCCGGAGGAGGAGGCGCCCCCCCCGCCGACGGUCGUAGAAGACCUCGUUGUGAAGCUCCUGGCGUGCCUGAUGGUGCACCCGCAACAGGGCCAGCGGGCGAGGCUCGUCGUGCGAGACGAGGUGCCGGAGCGCAUCUAUAUGGCACUGCACCGGGCGGGCUCGGUGCCGGCGGACAUCAAGGGCGACUCGGCGAAGGCUCAGCCUCCGCUGCCGCACCGCGACACGGACCACAAGCUCUACCCGAAGAAGGGUAACGCCGCGGCCGGAGCGGCGGGUGCGGAGCCCGUCUUCGCGACCGGGGGCGCCAAGACCCCGCAGUCGCUCACCCGUCCGCUGAGCAUCUUCGUCGCUCCCCCGGAGGAGGAGACGGCACCUGUGACCGUGAAGAACGUGGAGCGCGCGGUGCAAGAGGAAGACGCCUCCGUUGCCCCCGCCGCCGUAACCGCCGCCGCCGCCGGGGUUUUCGCCGCCAAUGCGGCGAGCGUAAGCGAGGCUUCUCACUCCCAGUCCCCGACCAAGCGCGAGGGUUCUCUGCGGCGAAGCGUUGUGUCCGCCCUCAAGAGCCAACGGGCCGGAGAGAGCCGGCUCCCGUCUGUGGCGGCGAGCAGCAGCGCGACCGGCCGCGACGGGUACGGCGGUGGCGGUGGCGGUGGCGACUUGACGCCGACGGGGAGGGCGAAGGGGAUGUGGCAGCGCGCUAGCGUUAGCUGGGCCAAGUCGUCGCUCAACCCCGUCAACGGCGGGAACGUUGACGUCCAUGCGGCCAAGGCCAUGGCCACGGUGGAGAAGGUGGACGUUGCAAACGAGGAGAGGCCUCUGACCAUGCCGGCGUCGUCGCCGAAGCCGAGCCCGACUACGGCCCGGACCAUCAGCAUGAGGGCCCUGGCGACCAGGCUCUCCCCGAAGCCAGCGCCGGAGCUCAGCCCCGCGCAGUCGGGGACCGGGACCGCGACCGGGAGCGGGAGCGGGAGCGGCGCCAAGGGGCGCAGUGUCAUGGGCUGGGGGUCAUCUUCGGUGGCAUCGACAAGUCCCAGGCCAAUGUCGAGCCCAAAGCCUAGUCACGACGGCCGUCGUGGCUUCUGA